GCAUGAGAAGAAAGGGUGUGCGCGAGUCUGGAAAGGUAAAGGUGUGUAGGAAACUCAUACGUAGCCUGCGUCACUACGGAGCAGCGCGACUCCUCGCAGGUUUCACGAGACGUUUGUCGGCGGUGUACGGUCGGCAAUCAUUCGCCAUCGUCCUUCGGUCAUCUCUCCUCGCCUUCCUGUUUGUGAGUUUCUGUAAGGAGAGAGGGGAGGGUGCUUUAGAAAGCACUAUGUCCUGAGGCCAGCUGUGUCUAUGAACAGUAAGAAAUCAACGCAUGAACUCCUUAACAUCUGUAAGAGAGCAGUGACCUCUAACACACGAUUAUUAUUGCUGUUUAACUAUUUAGUUUUUUUUUUAACCCAUCAAAAUGAGACGGACAACAGUAUCCCCAGUAUCCAUCUGUUUGUCUCUGAAGAGUAACGACUCUCUUUAUCAGCCUCCUAAUCUUGGGAAUGGAACAAUAAUUUCUAACACCAGAUCGAAACAAAGAGGAGCAUCUACAGUAUCCAGCUGUGUGUCUCUGAAGAAUUCCGUUUGUCAGCCUCCUAAUCUCAGUAAUGGAACAGUGACCUUUGAACCUGUAGAUUAUCUGAUCUGCACUUCCUCCUCCUGUCAAAUCCACAUCAGGCAGCACAACAAAGAAGCAGCUCUGCAGACACACUCACUGCAAGAGGGUUCUCACCAACCAGCAGAUGCUGUCUUGCUUGGAGUAAUAGACACUCAUAAAACCCACAUGAAGAGAAAGUAUGAGAGGUUGUCUGAGGGAAUUAAACUACAAAAUAAUCAAACCCUGCUGGAUAGGAUCUACACAGAGCUCUACAUCAUAGAGGGAGAAAGUAAAGGAAUGAAUGAAGAACAUGAGAUUGUACAGAUGGAAAAAAAAACAAAAACACAUCAGUCACAACACACUCCAAUCCUUUGCAAUGACAUCUUUAAAGCCUUAUCUGAACCAGGAUGUAAGAAGAAAUACCAAAUCAGAGCUGUUCUUACUAAAGGCAUCGCUGGAAUUGGAAAAACGGUCUCUGUGCAGAAGUUCAUUCUGGAUUGGGCCGAGGGAAAAGCCAAUCAGGAUGUAGAUUUCAUGUUUGUGCUUCCAUUUCGAGAGCUGAACUUGAUAAAAGAUGAUCAGUACAGUCUUCACAGACUUUUGCUGGACUUCUAUCCUGAACUUCAAGAUCUGGACUCUAAGAUUUAUGAGGAGUGUAAAGUUGUUUUCAUCUUUGAUGGUCUGGACGAAAGCGGAAUUACACUGUUUUCACACAGACAGAAAGUUUCUGAUGUUACUGAGAUUUCAUCUGUCAGUGUGUUGAUAACAAACCUCAUAAAAGGAGAUCUUCUUCCUUGUUCUCACAUCUGGAUCACCUCCAGACCUGCAGCAGCCAAACGGAUCCCCUACCGAUACAUCAACCGCUUGACAGAAAUACAGGGAUUCAAUGAGUCUCAGAAGGAAGAAUAUUUUAAGAAAAGAAUCAGUGAUGAACAUCAAGCCAGCAGAAUCAUCUCCCAUAUUAAAAGAUCAAGAAGCCUCUACAUCAUGUGCCACAUCCCUGUCUUCUGCUGGAUCUUAGCCACUGUGCUUCAAAACCACCUGAACCACAAUGACAGUGCAGAAAUCCCCAAAACUCUUACUGAAAUGUACAUCCAUUUCCUGCUAAUUCAAAUUAAUACAAGGAAUCAGAAAUAUGAAGAAAAGGAUUCAGAGAAGAUCCUAAAGUCAAAUAGAGAAAUGAUUGUGAAACUUGCUGAACUAGCUUUCAAACAGUUGAUGAAGGGCAAUGUGAUGUUCUAUGAGGAGGACCUGAUUGAGAGCGGCAUAGAUGUCACUGAUGCCUCAGUGUAUUCUGGGAUUUGCACUGAGAUCUUCAAGGAGGAAUCUGUCAUUCAUCAGAGAAAGGUCUAUAGCUUCAUACAUCUGAGCUUUCAGGAGUUUCUUGCGGCUUUCUAUGCGUUUCAUUCAUAUAUUGUUAGUAACAUGCAAGCACUGAAACCUUUUUUAAGGGUUACAAGAAUCUCGCUUUCUGAGCUACUAGAAUCGGUAGUUGACAAAACCCUAUGGACUAAAACUGGACACCUCGACCUCUUUCUGCGGUUUUUGCUGGGCAUCUCGAUGGAGUCCAAUCAGAGACUCCUACAGGGUCUUCUGACUCACACAGAGAACAGUUCAGAGACCAUCAGAAACGCUACUCAGUACAUUAAAUACACAAUCAGAGCUGAUGAUAAUUUCUCAGCUGACAGAGCCAUCGGUUUGUUCCUCUGUCUGCUGGAAGUGAAUGAUCUGACUCUUUACAAAGAGAUUCAGGAGUUUGUGAAAUCAGACAAACACUCAAAGAAUAAACUCUCUCCUGCUCACUGCUCAGCAAUAGCUUACAUGCUUCAAAUGUCAGAGGAGGUUCUGGAUGAGCUCGACCUUAAGAAAUACAACACAACAGAUGAGGGUAGAAGACGACUUUUACCAGCUGUGAGCAACUGCAGAAAGGCAAUACUUUCAGGCUGCAAUCUCACUGAUGCAUGCUGUAAAAGUGUGGCCUCAGUUCUAAAAUCAUCAAUAUCCCCUCUGAGAGAACUGGAUUUAAGAAAUAAUGUCCUACAGAGACAGAAGAAUCUACAAUAUGGAGAGGAAAGGUUGGUUGUCUUGGAUCAAUGCUUUCGAAGUUUGAAUUCAUCUUUACAGAAUUGUGGAGUGGAGAUGCUUUUUGCUGGACUGAAUAGUUCACAAUGCAAACUCCAGAAACUGAGAUUGGGCAACUGCAGUCUCACUGAUCAAUCCUGCAAAAGCCUAGCUUCGGCUCUACAAUCAUCAGCUGCAUCACUUAGAGAGCUGGACCUGAGUAAAAAUGACCUGAAGGAUUCAGGAGUGAAACUGCUUUGUGAUGGACUGAAGAGUCUAAAUUGCGUACUGGAGAUACUAAGAUUAUCUGGCUGUAUGGUGUCAAAGGAAGGUUGUUAUUAUCUGGCUUCAGCUCUAAGGUCAAACUCCUCAUACCUGAGAGAGCUGGAUCUGAGCUACAAUCACCCAGGAGAUGCAGGAGUGAAGCUGCUCUCUUAUCUGCUGGAGGAUCCACAUUGUAAACUGGAGAAACUCAAUGUGGAUCAUGUUGGAGAGGACAUGAUUGCAGCAGGACUAUGCAAAUAUGCCUGUGAUCUCACACUGGAUCCCAACACAGCAAACGUUCAUCUCUGUCUAUCUGAGGAGAACAGAAAGGUGACACGUUUGGAGGAGCAGCAGUCAUAUCCUGAUCAUCCCGACAGAUUUGAUUUCUUUCCUCAGGUUGUGUGUAGAGAGAGUCUGACGGGACGCUGCUACUGGGAGGUUAAAUGGAGCGGGUGGAGGGGGGCUGUUAUAUCAGUGGCAUAUAAAGAAAUGAGCAGGAAAGGAGGAAGUGAUGAUUGUAGGUUUGGGUUCAAUGAAAAGUCCUGGAGCCUUGAUUGUUCUGAUGACAUUUUCACUGUCUGGCACAAUAAACUUAGCACUGACAUACCUGUACCGCACUCCUCCAAGAGAGUGGGAGUGUAUCUGGACUGGGAAGAUGGCACUCUGUCCUUCUACAGCGUCUCCAAAACACACACACUCACACACUUACACACAUUUUACUCCACAUUCACUGAACCCCUCUGUGCUGGAUUCAGGGUUUUUAUGGACUCUUCUGUGUCUUUAUGUCAGAUUUAACAGAUUGAGUGCAACAGUGUGAAAGGUAUUUCAGAAGAGAUUGAGAAGCUUGCAACAUUCAUAAAUGCUAAAGUAUUUAUGCUGCCAUUAAAGGGCAAAUAUUAAGUCCUUUUUUUUAAUCCAAAUCAGACCUGCAAGCAUAUAUGUAUAUACAUAUGCUAUGUGCAAGCGGUGCCCUAUUUAUUAUCACUCAAAGGGAACCCUGUGUAUUAUGACUUGUAUGGCUUAAUAUAACGUAAAUUAUGUCCCUUACUGAAAUAUGAAACCCAUGAAUGGUUUGAGUUAUUAAAAUACGUUUGUGAUGAUAAACUCCUUUUAGCGGCUGUGACGUAAGCUACGUUUGCUUCCUCAAGGGAUGGUGUAGCAUUUCUUAUCUCAGCCGUUUGUAAGCUCUUUCGGUAGCUGUGGUCUACUAAAAGAGUCAAAGGCUUCAGAGCUAAAUUGGACAAAAAAACGGGUCUUUAGAAAGUUUUGUCUUGAGAAAAUUGGCUAGGAAAGUAAUGCAUUGUUUCUUUUGUUGUCCUUCGACUGAAAAUUACAACCAAAAAUGACACAAUAUGGUAUCUUAUAAUUGUAUUUUCUGAACUGUUUGUUCAGUUAAGUAGCUCACCGAGUGCAACCAUUUGACAUCACUGAUGCUAAUGCUAAUGCUGCACAUAGUGCAAAAAACGGUUGUCAGUUUUGAAACAUAACAUAACACCUUUCAUGGGUUUCUAUUACAUAUUUCAGUAAGAGACAUAAUUUACGUUAUAUUAAACUAUAUAAAUGUCUUAACACCCAGGGAUCCCUUUAAAGGGUUGGUUACUACUUACGCAUGUCUUUCCAGAAACUGUAAAAGCUGUUCAUCCACAGUAUGCAAUUUAUGAUAUUUUGGAGGAAAACAGGGAGGCUUGUGACUGUCCAACAGUUAUGACUGCCAAGGUACAGAAAAGUAUGAAAGAUGUCAUCUGAAUGCUCCAUCAGCCACCGGUUAAUCAACUGUAAUAGUAUUAAGCUACGAGGAUACUUUUUGUACAGAAAAAAAAAAGUUGUCGUGUACAUAGUUCUGUGUUAGACGCAGUAGAAAUCCCAUAGAUUAUUUUUUAUAUGUAUGGUUUUAUUCCGUUUUCCCUGAUCCGACCUCGUUGAAUCCAUGUUCUGCUACAGUAUCCUGCAAUUUUUGCUGGUUUCAAAACACAACCUGCAUAUUUCCUGCCAUUUACUUUCACUUAAUUGUAGGCACAGCUUCCUAAAUGCUAGGGCAUUACCAUUGCGACUUUUGAUGAAUUUGUAAACUGCACACUUGUAAAUAACAUGAUCUGUACAUUUAUUUAAACAAUAAUCUACGUUUUCCUUUA